GAAACCCACGAACUUCCCCAAAACACGUCGCAACCAUGGCGCCAAUAUCACUUUCAGAUAUCAUUUCCUCUCUACCAUCGGAGGACUCAUGGGGCCCACCAACAUCUACGGAAACGACCCUAAAUGGCGUUCCCUACGCCCCAUACUCGAAAGGCGACAAAUUGGGUCGCAUGGCAGACUGGACCACCGAGGGCAAGGAUGGACGAGAUGGCAGAGGUGGGAGACAACAAUACAACCGAAACUACAGAGACCAACAAGUUUAUGGCGCCGGAACCUCUUCUCUCUUCGCUGUGCAGAUGGCUGAAGAUGAAUCUUCUUUCUCUGUUGUCAGUAAUACUCGUGAUACGGCGAAGACGCGGUUUGGCCGUGGUGGAACCUUUACUCGAGGGCGGGGUCAACGUGGUGGACGGGCAGAUACCAGAGGCGGACGAGGACAAUUCCAGAGAGUUGGAGGACGAGGUGGCCAACAAGGUUACAACAACUAUAAUGACCGAGGAGGGCGAGGUGGUGCUCGUGGUGGGCGGAGAUUUGGCUGGAAAGAUUACGACAAGCCCCAACGAAAUCGCGAUGCGUCUGUUAAUAUCAAGCCGGACUGGAAGAUGCUGGAGGAGAUUGAUUUCAAUCGUCUGGCUAAGCUGAACUUGGAUACGGAUGAUGGAGAGGACAUUGAGAGUUAUGGUUUCCUUUACUACUACGACCGGUCAUUCGACAAGCAGCCUGUUAAGACUGCGGAACGGAAGUUGAAUGUCGUGGAUCGCGCAGCCUAUAACGUUACUACCUCCUCGGAUCCUGUCAUUCAAGAACUUGCAGAGAAGGAUGAAGCUACUAUCUUCGCUACGGACAGCAUUCUCUCGAUGCUUAUGUGCUCUCCUCGAUCGGUUUACCCCUGGGAUAUUGUCAUUGUUCGACAAGGCAACAAGGUCUUCCUCGACAAGAGAGAUAAUGCUACGUUGGAUAUGGUCACCGUCAACGAGAACGCAGCCGAUGCACCAAUGGAUGCAUCAGAUGGAAGCAAAGAUGCUAUCAACCAACCGAGUGCAUUGGCUGAAGAAGCAACCUACAUCAAUCAUAACUUCGCCAACCAAGUCAUGAUCGAGAACGAGAACCAAAAGGUUGAGAUGGCCCACGAGAACCCCUUCUACAACCCAGCCGAGGAGACUGAGCCCGCAGCCAGCAAAGCCUACAAGUACCGAAGAUUCGACCUGUCACUCAACGACGAAGAUCCAGUGCACUUGAUUGUCCGAACAGAGCUCGAUGCUGUCCAGAAGAACGCGAUCAGCGGAGAAGACCAGUUCCUGACCGUCAAGGCUUUGAACGAAUUUGAUCACAAGGCUCAAGGAAGCGGUGGUGCUUUGGAUUGGAGAACUAAGCUGGUCAGCCAGCGUGGUGCCGUCGUAGCGACGGAGAUGAAGAACAACUCGUGCAAGCUUGCUCGAUGGACUGUUCAAAGUAUCAUGGCUCGCGCUGAUGUUAUGAAGCUUGGAUUCGUCUCCCGCGCCAACCCCAAGACCAACGACCGCCACGUUAUCCUCGGCGUCGUCGGCUGGAAGCCUCGGGACUUCGCAUCGCAGAUGAACCUCUCGCUCUCAAACGGAUGGGGUAUCGUUCGCACGAUCGCUGAUAUGUGCCUCCAACGCCCGGAGGGCAAGUACGUUCUCGUCAAGGACCCAAACAAGCAGAUCUUGAGACUGUAUGAGGUUCCGGCUGGCAGCUUCGAGGAUGACGCUGAGGGGGAGAUUAUUGAGGAAGUUGAGGAGGCUGAGGAGUAGGUGUUUGAUGUAAAGAAAAGAAUGGUACAUUGUCUUCUGGGCUGGAUCGGUCUGGAGGCUGGCGUUAAUGCAGGCAUAGCUUAGAAGGAAAAUCAAGCCCGUGUUUCCCAGCUCGCAAGUGCCAACCCAUAAUUCUGUCUUCUUGUGUUCAAUUCCAAUCCUGAAAUGGUACAAAUCUUCAA